AUGCACCGCGAGAAGGAGCGCCUCGACGACCAACGCCAGGCCACGGCGCCUGCGACUGCGACCCCUGAGCCCGCCACAUCAGCGUCCCACGAAGAAGAGGAGGCGGAGGAGAAGGAGGAGGUGGAGCGGCUGUGGCAGCGCGUAGAGGCCGGCGAGCGCGAGCAGGUGGCGCUGCGGCAACAGCUCGAGGAGCUGGGCGAGGCCAAGGAGCAGGUCGAGAAGGCCAAGGCGUUCCUGGAGGGCCAGCUGGAGCUGGUGGAGAUGCGCGACGAGAUGCACCGCGAGCGCGAGCGGACCGAGGUCGCCGCGCCGUCACAUGACAGUCACCACGAGCAGCUGCAAAGGGCCUCAGAAGAGGAGCGCGACCGGGCGGUGGCCGACGCACAGCGGCUUCACGACGAGCGGGAGGCCCUCCAGGCUGAGCUCGAAGCGACGCAGCGCGAAAAGGCGUUCCUCGAGCGACAAUUGGAGCUAAUGGUCAUGCGCGACGAGAUGCACCACGAACUCGAGCGAACCGAAGUCGCCGCGCCGCCACCUGAGGAGCACCAGCACCAGUACCAGCACCUCGAGCUGAAGGGGCAGCGACAAAGAACUGAGGCGGAGCGCGACCGAGCGGUGGCCGAGGCACAGCGGCUGCGCGAGGAGCGGGAGACGGUCGAGGGCGAGCUGCACCGUACCACUGCCGAGCUGGAGGCAGCGCAGCGGGAGAAGGAGUUCCUGGAGCGGCAGCUGGAGCUGGUGGUCAUGCGCGACGAGAUGCACCGCGAGAAGGAGCGCAUUGACGACCAACGCCAGGCCACGGUGGCUGCCGCCGCCGCCGCCGCUGCCGUUCCCACAAGCGAAGCGGAGGAGGUGGAGCGGCUGCGGCAGCGCGUGGAGGUUGGCGAGCGCGAGCAGGCGGCGCUGAGGGAACAGCUCGAGGAGCUGCGCGAAGCCAAGGAGCAGGCGGACAAGGCCAACGAGUUCCUGGAGCGGCAGCUGGAGCUGGUGGAGAUGCGCGACGAGAUGCACCGCGAGAAGGAGCGCAUCGACGACCAACGCCAGGCCACUGUGGCGACUGAGGAGGAGGAAGGAGAGAUGGAGCGGCUGUGGCAGCGCGUGGAGGCCGGCGAGCGCGAGCAGGCGGCGCUGCUGGAGCAGUUGGAGGAGCUCGAACGAGCGAAGGAGGAGCGCGAUCGAGCGGUGGCCGAGGCGCAGCAGCUGCGCGACGAGCGGGCCGAGCUGGAGCAGGUGAAGGAGUUUGUGGAGCGGCAGUGCGAGCUGAUGGCGAGCCGGGAGGACCUGCACCGGGAGCGCAUGGAAGAGCUCGAGGCCGAGCUCAAGCACGCCAACGCCCACGUCCAGCGAUUGACCUCCGCCGCCGAUCGCAGUCAGGAAUGCGAAGUCUUUUCCCAUGUCGAACUGCGGGAGACCAUUGAGCGCCUGGAGCGCGAGCUCGACGAAGCGCGGGCAGCAGCAGCCGCCGCGGACGAGGCCGGGCGCCGAAGUGGAAGCGAAGAAGAGGAGCUGGAGAAGGCCAGGGCGCAGGCCGCGCGGCUGGCCAAGGAGAAGGCCGUGGUCGAGGAGGGCCUGAUGCGGAUGAUGGACGCCAAGGAGCGCGCCGAGGAGCAGCGGGCGGCCAUCGAAGACCGGCUCACCCACGUCGAGCAGGAGUUGGCCCGCGUCACGUCGGCCCAGCCCGCCGCCGCCGUUGGUGGUGCUGACCAGGAGCGCGACGGGCUGCUGAUCGCAGCAGAGAUGGAGCGGCUGGCCGCCGAGCGCGACGAACUCAGACGCGCGCUCGACGAACACGAGGCACGGGCGACGGAGCUCGUGGCGCAGGUGCAGCAGCUGCAGAACCAGCGCGAGGCCCGGAAUGCCGAGCAUGCUGAUGACGUGGCACGACUGCGCAGUGAGGCCGACGCCACACUGGCCGACGCGCGCCGCGCCCACGACGAAGCGGUGGCCCAGCUGCGCGCCGGGCUCGAGGCCCAGUGGCUCGCACGCGAGCAGGAGCUGGUCCGGGUGCGCGCCGAGGGCGACGAGGGCGACGCUGCCGCCCGCUUGGUGGUGGCCGUGAGCCAGCGCCAGGCGGUCGAGGCCCAGCUGGUCGACCUCCAGGAGCGCGUGCGGGCCAUAGAUGCCCAGCUGGCGCAAACCACCGCGGCCAAGGCCGCUGCCGAAUCCGAGCUCCACAACGCCCGGAAUGCGUGGGAUGAAGCCGAGCGCGGGUGGCGCAAUGACGUGGCCCGGCUCGAGCGCGCCGUCGACGAUGCCAGGAAGCAGCUGCAGAAGGCCGAGCAGGAAGUCGAGCGGCUCGAGGCGGAGAAGUCCGUGUUCGAGGAGGGCCUCAUGAAGGUGGUCGAGGCGCGCGGGAUCGAAGAAGACGCACGCGCACGGCUCGAGCGCGAGUUGGCCGACGCGCUCGAGCGCGUGCGACAGCUCGAGGAGGCUCUCGUGGCCCGCCAGUGCGAGCUGCACCAGCUUCAGCAGUCGGCCGCGGAGAAGCGCGCGAAGAGCGAAGCUGACAACGGCGACUGGCUCGAGGAGAAGGUUGGGCUCGAGAGCCAGCUCGAGCGCGCGCGGCUGCGCGAGGCCGAUGCGGCGCGGGAGCGGGACGAGCUCGCCCAGCAGGCGCAGCGGAUGAUCGACGACCGGGUGGCCGAGAUCGAGUCGCUCAAGCGCCAGGUCGAGGAGCUGCUCGCAGCCCGCCAGCCACAGCCCAACGGCGACGCUGUCGACGACCACCAGCAGCAGCCGAGCGCCGACGCUGACGGCGACGACCACGAGAAGCUGCGUGCGAUCACGGACAGCCUGGUGGGCGUGGAGCGUGCAAUGAUGGAGGACGCGAGGCAGCAGGAGGCGCUCGAGGCCGAGCUCGAGGCGGCGCGCGAGGAGCUGCAGGAGGAGAAGCGGAGGAACCGGGCGCUUAAGGAGGCGCUUGACGAACACAGCCAGACGGACCAGGACGCAGAGGAGCGGAAUGAAAAGGAUGCGGAGGAGGCGGCGGCGCUGACUCGGGAAUGCGAGGAAUUGCGGCGCGAGAACGACGACCUCCGAAAGGAGCUGGACGAGGUCAAGCGGGAGGGCGAGGGCGAGUUGCAGCGCGAGCUGGUCGAGAUGCGGCGGGAGAAGGAGGGCCUCCAGCGCGAGAUCGUCAACGCCAUGGUCCGCCUCGAGGAGCUCGACAAGGAACACAAGCACGCGCUCAAGGCCUUCAAGAACAACAAGAAAAAGAACGAAGACGAUGAGAACGAACACGAAAAGGAAAGCGAAAGCGAAAGCGAAGACGAAAAGAGCGAAGACAACGAAGACAGGGAGGGACAGCACCGGACGCAGUUGGCGCGGGUCGAGCGCGAGCGGGACCAUGAGCGCGAGCUGAGGGGUGCGGCCCAGGACCAGCUCCGGGAGGCCGCCGCGGUGCGGGAGCAGGACUUGCUCGCCCUCGAGCAGGUCAAGCGCGAGAACGACAACCUCAUGGACAUGCUCGAGGCCACCAUCGUCCAGCGCGAGAGCCUCAAGUCCCUCGUGCGCGAGCUCCACCACCAGCAGCAGCACCAGCUCAGCUCGCCCGCCGCCCUGCAGCGACACGACCGCGACGACUGUGCGGUCGACACGCAGGCCAUCACGCACGACGACAACGACCACGACCACGACGACGAUGCGGUGCUGCUGCGCCGUGAGGUGGAGCGCCUGCAGGGCGAGAAUGGGGCGCUGCUGCUGGCCGUGGCCCAGGCGCGGACGAACGAGGUGGUGCGGGACGCGCAGCGGCGGCAGGACGAGGAGACCGACGCCGAGGCGCUCGAGGUGCUGCAGGCUGAUAAGCGGCGUCUCGCUGACCAACUGGCCGCCGCCCAGCAGCACGAGAGCGAGGCCGAGAAGAACGAGAAAAAGAGCGAAGGCGAAAAGAAGCAAAAGAGCGAAGACGACAAGGAAGACGAGGAGAACGAAGACGAUAACGACGACGAUGAACCGUUCGAGCGGCUGAUCGAGGAGUGGGAGCGACAGGAGAGCGAGCGGGAGGCGGCGGAGAGGCGGCGGGUCGAGGAGCAGCUCGCCGCGCGCGACCGCGCCAUCGAGGAGCUCGAGGCCCGCCUCACCUCUACCACCUCGGAGGUGCGCGCCCGGCUCGCCCUACGCCACGAAGAGCUCCGUCUCACCGAGUCCGCCCCCGACAUCGCCGACGCCGACCACGACCACGACGACGUGCCCGAGCAGUCGACGACGGCUGUGGAAGGCGAGGCCAAGCGUGUUGCGUGGCUGCAGGAGAGGCAGGCCCUGGUCGACCAGAUCAACGACCUGCAGACGGAGCUGAUGCAGCUGCGCGCGCGGAUCAAGCGCGCCGAGGAGCACGACGACCAGCGGACGGCGGAGCUGCUGGCCCUGCGCGAGCGGGAGACGGAGAUGCAGGCCGAAAUCAACGCCCGACGAGCGGCGCGCGUCGACGAUGACUCGAAAAAGUGGAGGCGCAGGCUGGUGACCCGCGAGGCCGAGGUGGUCAAAGUGGUGGAGCGACGCCUGGCCUCGCUGAGCCCCCACAGUGCGGUGAGCCUGGGCAAGCUCGAAAUGCUCCGCCGCGACGUCGCCGAGGCGCGCAAGGCGCUCGAUCGCCGUCUGGCCGCCACCGCUAAUGCUGCGGCUGACGACACCUUCGGCGACGAACAGCUGCAGUUCAUCGGAUCGCUCGAGACCAUCGUCACUUCGCUAUGUGACGUCAUCGCCGAGGAGGAGACCAGCCCCAGCGGGCUCAAGGAGAUCGACGACAACGACGAUGACGAUGACGAAGCGGAGGACUACUACGACGAGACGAGGACAAAGAAGGGCAGCCACGCGUCGCUCUCCGUCGUGCGGUCGAAGGUGGAGGAGAUGAUCCAGCGUCUGUCCACGGCGCAUCUGCUCGAAGGCGCAGGCUCCGCUCCCGCCAAGCGACGCCACUGA